CUUACCCAACGGAAGAAAUUGCAGAAUUGUUUUGGGUUUCAAGCAUUCCAGGAGCUUCUAGGUUCUGGAGGGUUAAACAUUUCUUUUCCUUACCCUAGACUUUCUAGGGUUUCCGUACGGUUUCAGGGUUUCAGAGGACGAGAAGCCAGGGUUCCUAGGACUGCCUUCUCUUUCGUGUGUUGUUCUCGAAGCAUUUCUAGGGUUUUGAUGCCUACUGGUGUUUAGGGUUUUAGGACUUUUUGCUGGGAAAUUAGGGUUCCGUACGGUCUUAAAAAAAUUUAUGGCCUGAAGCAUUUCUAGACUUUUGCAUGAACUUGGGGAGUUUUUUUUUUUUUUUGUCAGGUUUUGAAAUUUUUUAAAAAGCAUUCUAGGUUUUGGAAAUUAGAUGUGAGGAGCUAGUACAUGGGGAGGAAGAAGGUGAGACCCGCGGGCGAGGAGGAGGAAUUUCUAGACCAGUGGAGUAGUAAUUCGGUGGUUUCGGACGACAUUGGAAAGGGCGAAGUUCCCGUUAAGAUUGACAGUGAUAAAUCCGCGCAAACUAAUGUUGCUGGUAAGGCCGAUGAGAAGAAAUCAGUGGGAAAGAGAAAGAGCAAUCCAGCAGGCAGCAGUACGAAUGAAAUGAGAGACACUAAGAAGCGGAAGAGGGGCGCGGAUGCAAAGAUGGCAGAGGCGUUCUUUAAAUUGUACAAGGGACCCACAUCAAGGCUUCGGCAGAGGAAGCAGAGUCCUUCCUUCCGGAAGGUUGCCUUGGGUGAGAGUGAUUGUGACAAGAUUGUUGGUAAGCGGGUGAAGGUGUUCUGGCCUGGGUCGAGGAGAUGGUUUUUUGGGUGUGUCGGUUCAUUCGACAGGAAGAAGAUGGUCCAUGACAUUUUGUACGAUGAUGGUGAUAAGGAACAGUUGAAGUUGAUGGAAGAGCGGUUUGAGCUUGAGGUUAUGCCUGAUGAGGUUUUUCAUGGGCCUGUCAAACUGAAGCCGGAGACAGAGAAGAAAGAAACGGGUUCUGAUGAUGGGGAGACUGGGAACGAGGAUUUGGGUGAGGAUGUUGAUGCACAACCGGAGAAGAAACACAGGAAGGCAAAGGGAAAUAUAGGAUCAAAGGCUGGAGAAAAGGUUAAAUCAAAGCAGUCAGAUGGGGUAGAUAAUGAGGAGGUGGAGAACAUGGGUGUCGAUAUGCAGGUUGAUGUGCUACCUAGAAAGGAUGAGGAGAAGCCAAUAAGAGAGGAAUGUGAGGAUGUCGUAAAACCUGGGGAUGCUGGGGAUGGAAAGGAACAUGGUGAGAAUGAAAUUUCAAAGGUUCAGAAUGAAACAUGUGAAACAUCUGAUGUUGUAAAAGUUGCUAAACCUGAAAAUGAUGCUCAAAAUGAGAAGUCGGGAAUGCAAACAGGAGAGAAAUCUCGAAUUGAGAACAGGGGAGCUGCAGACGAUGAGCCAAAAGGGUAUGGAUUGAUAGAGAAAAAUAUCCCGGUAGGAGAAUCAAACAUGGACAAUCCAGGUUUGCAGGAGCUGGGUGAUAACCACACUGAGAUGAAUGAAGGUCAAGUUGACUUGGCGAGGCAGAGAACUGUCUUGAAUGGAGGGUCAAGUACAGAAACUGAAGUUUUUCAGCUGCCAUUGGAUGAUGAAUCCAAGAAGGGUGAAGGUUCAGCUGAUAAGAAGGAUCGAGUUAAAAAGGGGCGAGGAAGGCCUAAAGUGAAGAAGUGAUUGGUUCUGAAGCAACAGGGAGCUUUUGCCAUCAUAGAUUGUGUAUGGAUGACAUGUAAACUCGCCCAUGCAUGUGCACCAGACUUGGGUAGGUGUCUUUUAGUGCAUUCACACCUUGAAGUUUGCUCUGAAUAAGGUUUUUCUUUAUUCUUUUUUUUUUUUUCCAGAAAGGCCUGAAUAAGGUUACCGUGACACUUAUACAUCAUUAUAUCCUUGUUCCAGAUAUUUGGCAUUGGCUUUACAAAUCCUGUGCGCAGGGCAUUAUCAUCAUUUGACCAUGAUUGACUGCCGGCCGUCUUCUCACCCACGACCAUGUUUGAGCUUCCAUUUAACUACUAAAAAUAUGAUAUCAGUCACCUCGUUUUUAAAUUAAUCAUCAUCAUCAUCAUUGAAGCACUAUCCCAACUAGUUGGGGUCAGUACACGAAACUUGUUCCAUCAUUUCACUAUAUCAAGGACCAUAUCCUCAGUUAAAUCAUAUAUCUUCUCUUACUACCUCACCCACAUCUUUUGGGCCUUUCCCUUGCCCUUUUAGAGCCUUCUACUUGAAUCCACUCCUUCCAACCAUUGCAGUUUUUGGUCUCCAUUUCACAAGGCCAACCAUCCAAGUCAACUUUCCCUUAUCUCCCAUUGGAAAUACUUUUAACCAAUAAGAUUGGUUUAUCAGCCUCUGCCAAGAGGGUUUCCCACAAUCUUGUUCGUCCACUCACCGAAAACUGAGUGGGCCUUUUGGUGCUUAUUUUGUUGAGCAGGGGUUGAGAUGACGAAGUCCAUCCAAACAUACAAACAAAUAUUGUGGUCUAAAACUGCAUUUCAGUGUCAAGUGCCCCCUUUGAGGGUGCAUCCAAAUGGUUCCAUAGUGGAGUAGUGGUCCUAGUGGAUAACCGAAUGCAUGAAAACUACAAUAUGUUUGCUAUAUUAAACACUGUCAAAUGAACUAAUGAGAUCUUAAUUAACAGCCUAAAAGAGAAUUCUUUGCUACUUUGCACACAAAUAGCAACGUCUUUUGCUACAUUCCUCUUUAGUAAGUUACGUUUCCAUCUGUCUUUGUAAUCCUUACAAUACAAGUUACGUUUCCACCUGUGAAAAUGUAGCAGCCUCUAUGGCCGCUGAGGUUCAGACCAUUGCUGCUAUCAUGACCUUUCCGGUUACUAACUCUAAUCCAUUGCCAUGAUGAUACAUUGGUGUAGCAUGUUGGACCACAGUUUUAAGACAUUCCACUCAGAUGCAGUGGAACCUAAUCUGGUUUGGCACCAUGAUUCAACCCUCCCGUGUCACCCUCAGCUUGGGUGAGUAGCGACAUGAUUCACGGUUGAACUAGCCGAUCCAGGUUGCCGAGUCUUUUAACAUUGUGGUGGACCUAGUUUAGUAAUAGCACCAACGGUAUUAGCUCACCUUCCCCAUGUGGCUAGAACACAAGGGUUGUGUUUUUUGAGCAACAGGCUCAACAUGGGGUAUGAAAAGAAAGAUAUGAAAAUAAAACCAUAAUUAUUUCUUUAAAAAAAA